UGUAUUCGACUCUGUGCAGUCAGAAUUUGCCAGCUUUCCUGAAGCAGCAGAAACUAACUUGCGCUUUAUUGCGAUGCUUUCUGGGCCAUUUUAUCCAAUCCUACACAUUGUGAAUGAAAGGGAAACUGCGAGGGCUUCUGGCAACAUUUCCGACUUAGAUACCUUGAAGAACAGUCAGGCUUCAACGUUAACCGUUUCCUCCAAUUUUGAGGCCCAGCCCCGGAGAUCACGUAGUCCUUUGCCUUUUGUCCAGCCUGCAUCUUGUUCCGUAAUUUUUGGCCCUGAUGCAGUGUUUGUUUUGCUGAGGAAGGCAUAUAAAGAUUAUCAUCUGGGAACCGUCUGCCGUGUGGCCUGUAGAGUUCUGCAGAAGCUCAUAGGUCCCAUUGCAUUAGUAGAAGCCUCAACCCCAUCAAGUGAAUUGACAUCUUCAGUUUCUGAUGAGAUACUAAAAACUGAAGGAUCCAAGAGUGUUAUUACUCUAACUUGUUUGGAGAUGAAUUCAAGAUACCUGAUGAUAACUGGGACACCAAUUACCUUAAUCUGUUGGAUAUUGGGGCAGUGGAAGAAGGGAUUUGACAUGUUCUUUAUGCUUGUGCAUCACAGUUUAUUCAAAAGAAUAAAGAAGCUCUUAUAUGAUUCCACAGCUUUCAUGGCCGUUGGCCAGCCAUGGUAA